UCUUAGGCCGUCGGCGGUCACGGGUGUUGCCCGCUGGGUGUCGUUUCGUUGCCCUCGCGAUGAAACGAAAGCACGAUGAAUCCGUAGACCUCAACGAGCUCAACGAGCUCCGGCGCCGCGCUGGAGAGCUGGUGGCUCGAGCUGGCUUGGAGAAUGGUGGGGUGAAGGAUGCUUACAAGAAGUUGAUUCAUGAGUUUCUGGACGCUGGAGGGCCGCCUGAUGAUCUCAUCGUAAAAAUUGGCUGCCAGUUCUUUGGAUGUCCAGUGGGGAAAUCGACUCAAGGCCCCCUUCAGGAAGUUCACGUCGAGGGAGCCAAGGUCUUGGAUUUUGACUACCUUGAGGAGUUUAUGGUGCAAUGCUUUUUAGCCUCCGGAUGCCCUGAGAAAGAGGCCAGAGUCUCUGCAGGGGUGCUGAUUGAGGCCGACAAGAGAGGAAUUGACAGCCAUGGCAUUGGGCGCUUGAAGACCAUCUACUUGGACCGUAUUAAGAAUGGCAUCUUGAAGCCAUAUGCCCCCAUUGACAUCGUGAAGGAGACCGAAACCACGGCCCUGGUAGAUGGAAAUAUGGGGAUGGGCCUCUAUGUCGGACCCUUCUGCAUGGAACUUGCCAUUGCCAAGGCUAAGAAAUCGGGUCUUGGUUUCGUGGCUUGUCGGAAUAGUACUCACUAUGGCAUCGCAGGUUACUACACUUCAAUGGCCUGUGAAAAGGGCUGUGUUGGCUUUGCUGGCACCAAUGCCCGGCCCUCCAUUGCGCCAACCUUUGGUGUGGAGCCGUGCAUGGGAACCAAUCCUCUGUGUUUUGGCAUUCCUUCGGAUGAAGCUUUUCCCUUUGUGAUUGAUUGCGCUACUUCCAUUUGCCAGCGGGGCAAGAUCGAGAAGUAUGCCAGAUUGGGCAUGUCGACUCCAAAGGGCAUGGUGAUUGACAGCAAUGGAGAGGAGCGCACUGACACAGAGGGGAUUCUCAAAGGAAUGGUGAAAGGCGAAUGUGCUUUGACUCCUUUGGGAGGGGUCGGAGACGAACUGGGCGGCUACAAGGGCUACUCCUGGUCCGUGGUGGUGGAGCUCCUGAGUAUCGCCUUUCAAAACGGAGAUUUUGGACCCCAGCUGACUGGGGUGGAUGCUCAAGGAAAGCCAGCACCAAUGUCCUUGGGCCACUUUUUCCUGGCCAUCAACGUGGAAGCGAUUUGUGAUUUGGAGGUCUUCAAGAAGAAAACCGGCGACUUCCUUCGAUACUUGCGCAACUCCGCCAAAGAUCCCAACGGCCCUGGAAGAAUUUGGACCGCUGGCGAGGCUGAGAACGAGUUCCGAAAGAAGCGCAUGGCUGCAGGUGGUGUCAUGGUUCCGCCUGCAUUGCUGAAGGAUAUGCAGGUCUUACGUGAAAGCCUUCCAGGACUCAAGGAGAAGUACCCCAAAUUUAGUUUCGAAUGAGCUGCACCCGGCAAGGAUUGAUGGUGAUUCGUAGAGACAGCGGGCCAACAUCCAGCAUCCAGCGCCGCCAAACAUGGGCUGAAAUUCAGUGUAGUCUAUGAUGUACUAGUCUAUUCACUCUUGGGGGCUUGGGGCAUUGACAUAAUUUGACAUAGAUUAAACGGGUGUUGACUCGGUGUUGACCAAUACCAAAGGUCCAUCAGCAGUCAAGAACGCGCCUCAAGACUCAAGAACUGUGGCUUUGUGUGCCAUGUUGUGCCAGUUCCGUCAGCUCAUUUGAUGCCGCAGUCCACACGCUUUGUGUGACAUGGUUUGAAUUUAAGGCCACCUCAUAUCGGGGCCGCCAGGGAGACCGUUCCCUGUUCUCUUGAGGGUAUAGUUAGCGAGGUAGUGCUGCUCGGCACGUGCUUGCUACAGUAAAUCUCCGCCGAUCUUCUGAUCUUGCACAGUCACCCACUGUUUCCAUCAACCGCUGCGCUCUUGCUAGUAGGUUCCGAGAUGGGCAAAAGAACGCUUGAAAAAAAU